GCUCAUCACUGUAAAGCCGGGUCCAGACGGGUGUAACGUGUAAUGCAAGAUUACGUGUAAUUUAGAGUGAACAGUGUGGACGGCAAACGAACUCAACGCGAAUCAUGAACGCGAAUCUUGAAGAGGGGUCUGUUCCACUCAGUUGCUACGAACAUGCCGAAUAGGAAGGUCGUGAUAGCUGGUGCUGCUUUUAUUUGUACGUAUUUAUUAUGCAGUGAAGACCGGAAGAAACGUCGAUGGUGGAAAACUAACUUGUAUAAUAGAAGAUCUUCAUUACUUGUGGAACUAAAAUCUCAGCAAAUAAGUGGUCAAUAUAAAAACUUUACCCGGAUGUCGCCUAGUGAUUUUGAUCAACUGUUAACAAUGAUCGCAUCUAAAAUAUCAAGACAAGAUACUACAAUGAGACCUGCAAUUUCGCCGCAAGAUAGACUGGCUCUAACACUAAGAUUUUUGGCAACGGGAGAUUCAUACACUAGCCUUCAGUACACUUUCAGAGUUUCAAAACAGUCCAUCUCCUGCAUAGUACCAGAAGUUUGUAAAGCAAUUAUAGAGGCACUGAAAGAAAACAUAAAGUUGCCAAAGACCGAGCAAGAAUGGAUCAAGAUCGCAAAUAAGUUCGAUGAAUUGUGGAAUUUCCCCCACUGUAUUGGAGCUAUGGACGGUAAACAUGUGAUUCUUGAGGCCCCGAUACGUAGUGGCACAGAAUAUCGCAACUACAAAUCGAAUUUCAGUAUAGUGAUGUUUGCUUUAGUAGACGCAGAAUACAAUUAUACAUUUGUGGAUGUCGGAUGUCAAGGCAGAAUUUCGGAUGGUGGAGUUUUUAAGGAAACUGAGUUAUUCAAAAAAUUGGAAAGGAAUUCGCUAAGAUUGCCUGCAGGUAAUGCACUGCCAGGUAGAAAUAACCUAGUACCAUAUGUUUUUGUAGGAGACUCAGCCUUCCCUUUACAAAACAAUAUAAUGAAACCUUAUCCGGGAGAUUACCCCAAGGGAUCACCGCGAAGAAUUUUUAAUUACCGGCUAAGCAGAGCUCGCAGGAUAGUUGAAAACGUAUUUGGGAUUUCAGCAUCUGUUUUCCGAGUUUUACGAAAACCAAUGCUUCUUCAGCCCGAAAUCGCAGAGACCGUAGUCAUGGCGAUUGCACAUUUGCAUAAUUUUCUGAAAAACACAGCUACGUCUAAAAACUUGUAUGCACCCCCUGGGUCACUUGACAGCGAACAAAACGGAAGACUCAGUGAAGGCACUUGGCGGAGAGAUAGUGAAAUGUCAUCAUUACUUCCAUUAAAUAAUAUCCCUAGAAGGGCUGCCUUAACCGCAAAACAAAUCAGAAUUGAGUUUACUGACUAUUUUCUAGAAGAGGGCAAAGUUUCUUGGCAGAGUACGUAUUGUUAAGUGGAUUUUUUUUCUUUUUUUCAUCCAAAAA